AUGUCGAACUUAUAUAGCCAUAGGGAAGAGCAAAACAAUCAAAGAUUUGAUCAGUUAGCACAAACGUUGCAACAGUUCCGUACUACUGUUGAUAAUGAUAUUCAUGGGGCAGUACAGCUGGAUAUGCUGACCUUGGAUCUUUUGAAUGACAAUUUUGGUCAAUUAUGGACAAAAGUUAGACGAACUAGCGGGGAAUUGAGGAAUGUAAUGAACAGAAACGCCAGUUUAUCUAGAAUUGUUUUCAUCAUUUUACUAAUAUUCUUCUUGCUAUGGACGGUUGCAAAGUUGAGAGCCUAA